AUGAGAUGCUGUGCUUUAGUUGUGUGUUUAGUUUUGGGGAUAAGCAUGCAGGAUGGAUGGAGCCGUCCCCUGAAGUCCACCACCGUCACCUUCUCAGGAGACAUCAUCAAAAACAUGACUGAUACAGAGCUGGCAGAAACUUAUCUGAAGAAGUUUGGCUACCUAAACACAGUGCAUCGCAGUGGCUUCCAGUCUAUGGUGUCCACCUCCAAGGCGCUGAAGAGGAUGCAGAGGCAGAUGGGGUUGGAGGAGACUGGAGAGCUGGAUAAGUCCACCCUGGAGGCCAUGAAACAGCCUCGAUGUGGGGUUCCAGAUGUGGCCAACUACAAAACCUUUGACGGAGACCUCAAGUGGGACCAUAACAACGUCACCUAUAGGAUCCUUAACUAUUCUCCAGACAUGGCGAGCUUUCUGAUUGAUGACGCCUUUGCCAGAGCCUUCAAGGUGUGGAGUGAUGUGACCCCUCUGACUUUUACCCGUCUCUUUGAUGGAACCGCUGACAUCAUGAUAUCAUUUGGAAAAACUGACCACGGAGACCCAUACCCAUUCGAUGGUAAGGAUGGCCUUCUGGCCCAUGCUUAUCCCCCUGGUGAGGGUAUGCAGGGAGACGCCCACUUUGACGAUGAUGAGUACUGGAGCCUGGGUAAAGGACCAGCUGUGAAAACUCUCUAUGGGAAUGCGGAUGGUGCCAUGUGCCACUUCCCCUUCACUUUUGAGGGCAAAUCCUACACCACCUGUACCACUGAUGGCCGUUCAGACGACCUGCCAUGGUGCGCCACCACAGCUGACUACAGCAGAGACAAGAAAUACGGCUUCUGCCCAAGUGAACUUCUGUACACAUUUGGAGGAAACGCCAACGGAGCUGAGUGUGUAUUCCCCUUUGUUUUUCUGGGGAACGAAUAUGACAGCUGUACCACAGAGGGCCGCAGUGAUGGUUACCGCUGGUGUGCCACCACAGACAACUUUGACAAAGACAAGAAAUAUGGAUUCUGUCCCAGUCGUGACACCACUGUAAUUGGUGGCAAUUCUGAGGGAGAGUCCUGCCACUUCCCCUUUGUGUUCCUGGGUAAGGAGUAUGACUCCUGCACCAGUGAGGGACGAGGAGAUGGCAAGUUGUGGUGCAGUACCACUGACAACUAUGAUGAAGACAAGAAAUGGGGCUUCUGUCCUGAUCAGGGUUACAGUCUGUUCCUGGUGGCAGCCCAUGAGUUUGGACAUGCCCUUGGCCUGGAUCACUCCAACAUUAGAGAGGCUCUCAUGUUCCCCAUGUACAGCUAUGUGGAAGACUUCUCCCUGCACAGAGAUGACAUUGAAGGCAUUCAGUAUCUCUAUGGACCGAAAACAGGCCCUGAUCCCACCCCCCCUCAGCCUGACAGCACCACCACUGCCCCCUACCCUGACCCUGACGAGACCGACCCCACAGAUGAGCCUGAACCCACCGAACCCACCACCACUACCACCACACGACCUGUGGAUCCAACCAAAGAUGCCUGCAAGCUGACCAAAUUCGACACCAUCACUGUGAUUGAGGGAGGACUACAUUUCUUCAAGGAUGGACAUUACUGGAAGAUGUCCAGCCGGAGUGACAAAGUCAAUGGACCAUUUUCUAUUUCUGAGAGGUGGCCAGCUCUGCCAGCAGUCAUUGACUCUGCUUUUGAGGACCUUCUGACCAAAAAAUUGUACUUCUUCUCAGGGACCCGAUUCUGGGUGUACACAGGGAAGAGUGUUCUGGGACCCCGCAGCAUAGAGAAGCUCGGCCUCCCCAACAGCAUUCAGAAGGUAGAGGGAGCACUGCAGAGGGGGAAAGGCAAAGUGCUGCUCUUCAGUGGGGAGGAGUACUGGAGACUUGAUGUGAAGGCCCAGAAAAUCGACAAUGGGUAUCCCAGAUACACAGAUGUCGUCUUUGGUGGCGUCCCCAAUGAUGCUCAUGAUGUAUUCCUGUACAAAGGUCACAUCUACUUCUGCCGGGACCGCUUCUACUGGCGUAUGAAUUCCCGCAGGCAGGUGGACCGUGUCGGCUAUGUGAAAUACGACCUCCUCAGGUGCUCAGAUUCUUCAGGGUCUCGCUACUGAGGAGAUGAACGCACAGGGAUGAGCUUGAAAUCGGAUGUCAGGGAGAAUGUGAUGCAGUAUUUGUGUGCAGUGCCUGUUGUAUGAUGUGUACGCUAUCUGGGAUGUAAAUAAUUGGCCAUCAUUGAUGUUGGCAAAUUCUGUCCGAUAACCUGUGAACUGAUAUGAUAUGAUGUUAUGGUGGCCUACAAUUUGAGACAAUAACCACAUUUUAUAAUAUUCUCAAAAGCUAUCUGGAUCAUAUUCCAGAUUUGCUGAAUAAUUUCUUUAUGUCUGACAGGUUCAGACUCUUAACAGUAUUAGGUUAUUUUUGGUAUUUAUAGUAAUAUCUAAUAUUAUUUUUGUGUCCUAAAGCUUAUUUGUUUUGUAUAAUUGUAUUUGUGUAUUUCUGAAAAUGGCUUCAAAGCCCAUUACUUGCACUGGAAGACAAUGCAUGUCUCCUUCACUGAAAUUAUUUAUGAGACUGAUAUGUUUUGUAAUUAAGUUUUAACUUUAAAUGCAAUAAACAUUCCAUGAGAACUACCUACAACUGUCAGCUGUCUCACUCAUUCACGAAA